AUGGUCUUAAAAGCAGUGGUUAAAGCAUUAAAGAAAGCUGAUAAAUUAAAGGAAAAAAUUAUAAUAAAUAAAGAUUUAUUAACUGAUAAUGAAACAUGGCUGACUCAACAACAAUUACAAAGAAUAUAUCAACAAGUUUUAAUAUUGGAUUUAGAAUAUGCACUUGAUAAAAAAAUUGAACAAGAAUUAUGGAAUCAUGGUUUUAAAAAUUUCAUUGCAAAUUUACAAAAUUCAGCCAAAGAUAAAAAGAAUCCUAAACAUUCUGAAGCUCAAGCUAUGCUUUGUUGGUGCCUUGAAGCAGCCAGUGGAUUUUAUUUAACACUUUUACACGAAAUAUGCGCAGCAUAUGAUUUAGAUCUACCGUUUAGAAGGAAAGGGAGCGUUUAUGGUUGUAACAAAAAUGUCAGUUCGAUCGAUGUCCACUGUCAACCGAAUAAAAGUUCCUGUUAUUACAUAUGUCAACAUUGUCUCGUACAUUUGGGUGAUAUUGCAAGAUAUAGAAAUCAAAGUAGACAAGCAGAAGCAUUUUACAGGUAUGCGGUACAAUUGUCUCCCAGCAGCGGACAACCAUAUAAUCAAUUGGCCAUUUUGGAAGCGAGUAGAGGUGAUAAAUUAAGUACUGUUUAUCAUUAUGUGAGAUCGGUUGCACUACGUCAUCCGUUUCCUGUUGCCUCGACAAAUUUAAGUCGUACCUUAAAUAAGCAUGCGGAAGAAGUGAUAAAGUUAGAAAGUCACACGAAACUUUCAUGCACGGAAUAUGUGACGGCAUUUUUAAAACUUCACGGUUUGUUGCAUUCAAACACCGAAUUGGAAACGGCUGAAAAAUUGGUACAGGUUUUAACGACGUCUCUGACCGCUCACAUCGCAACGGAAUCGCUGACAUCUUGGAAAUUGGUUCAGAUAGUUACGAUAAAUAUUUUUGCUCUUCACAACGCAAGAGGAACCGUUGAUGGAAAUAUAAAAACGUUUGGGGAAAAUGAAUUAACGGACGACGAGCAGAAGAUAGAAACGUUGAUAACGGAUUUUUUAGCCGCGUGUCUAACGGCAUUUUUACUUCCGGUUUACACAAUCAAAUCCGGAGAAUCUCUUAUUGAUUAUUUCGCAAUGCCAGCCAUUAAAUUAACAUUGGAGUGGAUUCAACAAGAACCGGAAGUUUUAGAAAAAUCAUCAUUCAAAUCGAGGCUACAAAUUUGGCCGAGCCUGUGUAAAAUGUUAAACGACAUACAACCGGCAAUAAAUAAUUUUCCAGCGAAAAAUUAUGCUCACGUACCCUUACCCGAAGAUCGGGAUUUACAGGGAUUUUUACCAUUUGAAAAAAGUUUUCAAAAUUUAAAAUUUCACACGGAAGAUUUAAAAAUAAAUACGGAAGCUUUAAACAAAUUGAGAGGUUCGAGAUUAAUUAAUUUUGGACUUUGGCUUUCCGAACAAACGAGACUGAACAUAAUAACUUGCACAAAAAAACCAGAAUCAUCGGAUGAAAAAAAUUCAUUUUUUUUCGAAGCUGUCGGAAGUUUGGAACCGCUGUCGGGAGAACAAAUUAAAGAAUUGGAAGAAAUGAUAUUGACCAAACUUCCAUCGCCGACAUCAUCGGAAACGAGCGGUUUGGUGACGGGAGCAUCAACACCCGACAGCACCAGUUUUAUAUCGUCGGUUUUAAUGAAUCCCCUGGCAAAAUUUAAAUCGUCGGAUUUUUCGAGUCAAGAAAAUUUACUAUAUUUAUUUCACACAGCGGAAAAACGACCUGGAAUAUUAAAAUGUCAAAAGGAUUCGAGUGAUAAAACCGGGGAAAAAGGAUGUAAAAACGCGAGCAUAACGACAAGAGGUCACCGUAAUGUUGCACUACAAGCAAUUAUUAAUAAAAACACGGAAGAAGUCAAACAGGGAAAUGUUAAAAACGAAGAACAGAAAUCUAAUUUGAAAACGGACGAAAAUGUGAAAAAAGAAAAAAAAACAAAUCAAAUUUCGAAUCGUGAUUGGAAUUCGUUUAAGGGUUCGUCAAAAGAUGGCGGUUUCGUCGAAUCCGCAACAAACAAUAAAACCGAAACGAAUUCGUUUCAUCAGAAAUCUGGGGAUGUGGCCAAUUCCAAAGGUGGUGGUAAAAAAGGGAAUAAAGGAGAGGGAGAAAAUAAAAAGAAAGACAAAAGUAAAGAUAAUCCGUUUCCGGAAUUUAUGACCGCGUUUCCGCCUUUGCCCAACGUCAAAGACGGAAGUAAAAAUUCAAAUAAUCGACUUCCGGAAGGAUUUAAGGAAAGCGAAAAAUUAGAUGAGAAAGUUUUCGAAGACAAAAAUAAUCAGAAAAAUGUGAGUAAGCAACAAUUGUUAUCGGAAUUGUUCAGUAAAAACAAAACUUCUUCCGAUACUGAACAAAAACAACCGCAAAACAUGUCGGGUUUAUUGAAUUUGAAUAAACAGCAGCAAAAAAUGCUCACGGAUUCAAAAGUUGUUAAAACUAACGUCGUUCAUCCUAAUCCGCAAUUAUCAACGCAAUAUCAACAACAACAACAACAACAACAAUCUCAACAACCUCAACAACCACAACAACAACAACAACAACAAAUGCAGAAAAAUUUUAAUUCGUCACCGGAAUUUUCAAAUUUGCAAACCAACGCCGGAAUGCAAAAAUUAAAAUGCGUCGAUAAAAUGGAAAUUGCAAGAAAAGAAUACGAGGUAGCCAUGUUUGCUCUACAGCAAAAACAAAAUCAAGAUUCUCAGAGAUUGUUUUCAGACAUGAAUCGAUUCGAUUACGAUUCAAGAAUGAACAUGCAACCCCCUCCGCCGCCAUUACAACCUCAAAUACAACAACAGACUCAACCUCAAUUGUACGUCAGAGUCAAUCAACCCAUGAUUAACGUUGGAAAUUUUGGAUUUAAAUACCCGACGCAAUUUUACCUUCCCUGGCAGGAACCACAAGAACCGCCUUUGCCACCAUCUUGGUGGAGCGAAACCCCUCAAACUCAUCAGCAAUCCCAGCCAAUCGAUUUGAACGAUGUUACUCCUUAUCAAGAAGGUUUUCCUUACAACGACAAACCCAGUUUCGAAUUCGAUUGGAGCUUUCAACCUUUUCCAAAUAGUUUUCCCAUUUAUGUGCCACCUCCUGUUUUAGAAACCACUUACGAAGAUUUUCAUUCUUACCAGAUUUCAGAUAAUUUUUCAUCUGGCAUGCAAGUAAAUUCACGAGAUUCAUCUCUUUAUGCAAAUCAUCCUCAGGGCAAUUCAAACAUGCAACCCAUGGGUGGAGCCGGAAACAAUUCGUAUUCUUUGUUUAGCACAUCAUCUUGGGGUACCAUUAGAACCGGUGAAAACGAUCCAGAACAAAAUUAUGGAUUGUCGGGAGGAAUGAUGGCUCAACAGUCUUUUUGGUCGGGACCAGGUCCGUCACCCCUCGAACGUUUAUUGGAACAACAAAAACAAAUGAGAAAAGAAGUGCCGGAUCCGAAAAACGGAACUUGA